AUGAAAAAAUUCCAAUUCUUAGAGAAAUAUGUCCCCACGAGGGUAACGAGGGCUUGGGAAGCAUUGGGAGGGUGGGUGGUCGGCCCAGACCCUCCUCGGCCUUAUCAAAUACGUCCUUUCUUUCCGAUGAUCCAAGUGGCACCGAUUCGAUUGUUGGAUAGAUAUUGCCCAAAAAAGAAGGAUAAGAUCACGCUGCUUAUUGCGACAUAUGUCGUAUGGUUCAUAUUAUUUGUGGUGGUCCUCCACAAGUCCGCCUUUGCGGAGGAUAUUCCGGGCUACGGGUCUCCUACGCGGGUUACCUGUCAUGCACGACACUGGGACGGUCCGGGCAAUGAAUGCGGUGUAAAUGGUCGCGAUUGCAGUCCGUUCGACAACGCUACAUUUGCCUUCCGCUGUCCAGCCAGCUGCGAGAAGGCAGAAGUGCUUGAACCAUACGCUGUUGGUGGCCAAAUAGUCAAUUAUCGACCACUGGUCAUCGGUGGGCCGAAAGAGUUAGAUAAGGGCGUUCAAUCCAAUCUCUACCGUGGCGACUCGUUCAUAUGCCCCGCUGCGAUACACGCUGGCUUCUCAACCAAGCGUAGUGGCGGGUGCGGAGUAAUCGCAUUGAUCGGCGAGCAAAACGAAUUUCCCAGCACCAAGGCGAACGGUAUCGAAAGUAUUGGAUUUGACUCCUACUUCCCUCUCUCGUACUCCUUCGUUGACGGCACGGCGGCGCAGUGUCCCGACCUUCGGUGGCCAUUAUUUUCCGUUUCCCUCACGUUUACUAUCCUUAUCUCCCUCUUCACCACUGACCCAGCUGUCUUCUUUUACUCCAUCUUCGUUAGUGUCUUCAUGCAUGUCGCCCUCGCGUCUGAUCCACCUAGUCUCACGGAUUACUAUACGGUCAUCAGUCUCACCCUUGGCCGCUUCCUCCCGUCGAUGUUUAUCGCCUAUGUCAUGUUCCGAUACCCAAUUAAGUUUCAGCUAACCGGGCUGACCGCACAAUUCGAGAAGACGGUCCUCUGGCUUGGCGCCUGCUGGGUCGGCGCAUUUAACAACUAUACAUUUGACCGUAUUCCUAUCUCCCGGCUAACUCCGCACGAUCUCAAGCAACAACCAGGAGCAAUCCCGGCGCUGGUCAUCAUCGUCCUAUCCCUCCUUGCUAUCGCUCUCGGCCAAGCAUGGUGUUUCCGCGUGGAGGGCCGCAUGCCACGAUACCUGAAACUCUACGCCGUCUUUGUCCUAGGAAUAUUGAUCAUGGUGGCGAUCCCGAAGAUGAGCCUGCGCAUCCACCACUAUAUCCUGGCGCUUCUCCUCCUUCCUGGCACGGCCCUGCAAACGCGUCCAAGCCUGAUUUACCAAGGUCUACUCAUUGGCCUGUUCAUCAAUGGCAUUGCGCGAUGGGGCUUUGACUCCAUUCUGCAGACCCCGGACGAACUGCGCGGCGGCGCACAGCUUGGAUCUUUGCUUCCCGUCCUGCUCCCGGAGUUCCCGAAAAUCAAUCUGAACUUGGAUCUCGCCAUCCCGGCGAAUAUCACCUUCGCAUGGGCGGCGCCUCCCAUUGAGGAGGGAUACGAUGGUGUCAGUGUGUUAGUCAAUGAUGUGGAGCGCUUCAACAGGGUUGAUGAUGGGAAGAAGGACACGAGGGAAUUCGCUUGGGAGAGACAUGAGGAAGGAUGGCCGGAGUAUUUUAGGUUUGCGUAUUUGACGGGCAAGAGGAGUAGGGGAGAUUAUACAAAGGCCGGGACGUGGGAUGGUAACGGGACUUGGAUUAUGAUGGAGCCAGGGCCGAGUAAAUAG